AUGAACCAUGAUUUAAAAGAUAUAGCGGAAAAAAACUUUGAAUUAUUUGAUGUAUUGAGAAAUGCAAGCGCUGUUCAAGUUGAUGGAAUGCCAAUAAAUCAAAUUCGACUUAACGAACUGAUAAUAAAAAUAUUAAAUCAAAAUGUGAAUAACGAAACAGAGAAUGACCGUUAUCAAACCAUUCAACGUACGUCUACAGCUAAAUUUUCACCAGAAUUUGCCAAUAGCCAAGAGUUUAAAGCAUUUAUAAGCAGGUUUAUAGGUAAAUUAAAAAGCCUAACUGUGGAUGAUUUAUUUUCAAAUAAGGACAAUGGAAAUUCAUCUGGUGAGGAAGUUUCUGGCCAAAGGAACAAAGUAUUGGAACCACCAUCACAGCAAGAAACUGAAAUAUAUAAGAUAGAGAAUAGAAGGAUAUACAGAGGAGAGACAACGAAUAUCAUGUCUUAUCCAUUCGUGGUCAGCAUCCAUGUUAGAGGAGAAUUUACGUGCGCCGGCAGUAUAAUCGGUGUCGAUCUUGUCAUUACAGCUGCAUCGUGCUUGAAACUUCAGGACAACACGUAUGUCCGAUUGAACAGCGAUUAUUAUUCGCGAUUUGGUGACCUAAUACCAGUGAUGGCAAUCUAUAUAUACCCACAAUACGAUUCAAAAUUCUUGCAUCACAAUCUAGCUAUCCUGCGUCUUCAGAGAAGUCUUAAAACUAGCAGGAUCUCUUUGGAUCGUGGAAAUUUAAAUCUAAUACCUAAAGCUGAAGUUACGAUACUUGGAUGGGGCGCAAUGACUGUGAGACUGCCAAACCAAACUGUUAACCAGAAUAAUAAGCUGGCGUAUGACGUAUUAACAGCAUACGACAUUGAAGAAUGCAAAGAAAUCUAUUCAAAGGCGUACGUCACCGGGAGUAACUUCUGCGCCGGUUUCAAGACAAGGGGCAGCGGAGCCUGCACUAGAGACGUUGGAGGUCCCGGCGUUAUCGAUAAUUUAUUAUUCGGAGUAGUGAGCUUCGCGGCUCCUGUUUGUGGUGACCCUGACGCUCCUACAGUCUUCACCAGGGUUGGAUUCUAUAUCAAAUGGAUUGAUUAUAUUAUGUCUUUACGUCCAUCACAGCGAGAAAUAGAACCAAAUAUUAAAUCAGAAGAUAACAGAGGAUACUAUAAUACACGUCUUCCACUAAGUUAUCCUCACGUGAACCUGUUCAAUGAAUACCACGUCAGUGAUCAUAUACAUAAAAGCCUCAGGAUUAGUGACGAUAACGCACAAGAAGACAAAGAAGAUACUGCUGUUCUGCUUCAAAUAAUUAACGAUAUGAACAACAGAAACCAGAUGGUUUAUGAUAUAAUUAAUGAUGAUUUAUAUGAUGAUUUUGUGAACAUAUUGAAACCAGAGUAUGAUGAAAGUAUUCUUCAUCAUCCGUUGAUAAACAAAACACAGUUAUUGAUUUCUGGUAUUCAUUACAACGUUCCUACCGCUAAAUUGCCAACGGCAGCCACGCCUAAAUACAUACCAACUUUUAUGCUACGUUCAACUCCGGCCGAAAUUUUGAGACAAAAGAACGGACCGAAAUAA